CUUUUCCCUCUCAACGCCCGCGACAGUCCCACCUUUCCAUCUUUUGUUCAACUCGGACACCCUUACAUCUAUCUUGACAGCUCCCUCAUCUUUCUUAAUCCCUUUUCUUCGUCUCUCCUUCACCUUGACCCUCUUCACGUAAUCUGUCUUGUCGAAACCCGCAGACUUCCCAUUCAUCCCCUCCAACCUCGAAACCGAACAAUUGACCCGUUCCUCCCACCUCGCGCUCGCUAUCCAAUCCGCUCACAAUGGCCGAAGAAGAGAAGAAAAGAUUCCUCGAAGGUAACGACAUGGAACUCGGCGAGAAACAGGGCAGAUCCUUCAGCCCUCCACAACAUUCGAGUCCACGAUACUCCCCUCCCUCGAGCAACUGGCAGAAUAAUCCCAUUCUGCCUGUUAUCAGUUAUUGCGCCUCCUCGAUUCUCAUGACCGUUGCCAACAAGUACAUUCUCUCAUUCCCCGAGUACAACCUCAACUUUCUCCUCUUGGCCGUGCAGUCAAUCGUGUGUGUGGUUGCAAUUCAAUCUUGCAAGAGCGCUGGCAUCAUCACCUACCGAGACUUCAAGACCGAUGAAGCCAGAAAAUGGUUUCCCAUCUCCCUACUACUGAUUGGCAUGAUCUACACCGGCACCAAAUCAUUGAAAUAUCUCUCUAUCCCCGUCUACACCAUCUUCAAAAACUUGACCAUUAUCUUGAUUGCAUACGGUGAAGUCUUGUGGUUCGGAGGAGCCGUCUCUUCAAUCACUCUUUUCUCCUUUGGCUUGAUGGUUCUCAGUUCCAUCAUCGCUGCCUGGGCCGACAUCAAGCACGCCCUCGAAGCGCAUGGCUCACAAAGCUCCAUUGCGGCUACCGAACAACUUGCAACAUUGAACGCCGGCUACAUUUGGAUGCUCAUCAACUGUUUCUGCACAUCCGCUUAUGUCCUGGGAAUGCGAAAGCGAAUCAAGCUCACCAACUUCAAGGAUUUUGAUACCAUGUUCUACAACAAUCUCCUGACUAUCCCCGUCCUCCUUGCCGGCUCAUUCAUCGUGGAAGACUGGUCUGCCCUCAACUUGACCCGCAACUUCCCCCUCGAGUCCAGAAACGCCAUCUUUGGUGCCAUGAUCUUUACCGGCCUGUCCUCCAUCUUCAUUUCAUACACAUCCGCCUGGUGCGUUCGUGCCACUUCUUCAACCACCUACUCCAUGGUUGGCGCACUCAACAAAUUGCCUAUCGCCGUUUCUGGCCUGAUCUUCUUCGACGCCCCCGUCACCAUCCCCAGUGUGUCAGCCAUUUUCCUUGGCUUUGUCAGUGGCAUCGUCUAUGCUUUGGCCAAGGUCCGAGACAGCUCCAAGCCCAAGACCGGCAUCCUCCCUACCUCGAACACCAUGAGUGCGAGCAGCCAGAGCAACCGAGACAGCCUGAAGGGAUAAGGUGGCAGCCGCAGCAGUUACAACAUCCACCCUGGUCGAGGAAUCUGACUUGCAGAUAGAUUCUGGGUGAAGCAAGAGCCAACCCCUUGGGCACAACCACAAACACACGCUCUGCGUCCACGGUCCAUACCGAGUCGCACCCAUCCAAUCGACAACUGCAUUGCGAGGCGUUCGAGGCUGGGAAAGAGGAAAUUUUGAUAUUCCACUUUCCCCACGAGGAGAGGAUAAGGAGGAACAUGCCCCCCACAUGAUCGGUUUCACAAUCAAGAGUAAUGAAUGUGGGAUUUGAUUGCCUGGUUGGCUGGCAAACUCCGGUCAUGGCUUACGGAUCACUAACUACUACUAUUAUACGGAAUUGAAGGUUUCAAAGAUACGGAGUUAUCACCCACAUUCGAUAGACUGACUAGAUGGACGGACGGAUGGACGGGAGGGGGAUCCUUCUUUUCCUCAUUCUCGGCGCUUUUUAAAUGGCUUGUAUUCUUAAAGAGUUCUUCAAACUACGAAAAUGCCAAUCAUACUUUUUCUAUGUACGAAAAUCAAAAUUGGCGCAAAUGGAGAGUUCAAACUAGUUGAGUAGGAUUGACUUAUUUUCCCAGAAACGUGAUGAUGGAUGGUAUUAUCAUUUCAUGAAACCAUGUGGGAUAUCUAAGGUUGUUUAAAAAUUGUUGAUGGUAACGAGUACAGAAAGC